AUGGACACGCUUGAAUCUGAAAUAAAGAAAAGAGAACAAGUAAAUGAUCAUGCAAGGUUGUGGAAAAUCAAGCUUGAAGCUGCGCUGACUGGUGGAAUUUUCUUGAAGCGAAAUACUCCACCAAGUGAAAAUGGACCUAGGAAACUCAGUGUUAAUCCAGAACUUAAAUUCUUUCCAACAAUAACAAUAAAUUUAAAAGACAUUAACCUUUCUGCAUUAUACAAAAAAGAAGGAGAUGUAUAUUUUCAAGCACAAGAAUUUAUGAUGGCUCACAAAAGAUACACACAAUGUAUUACUCAUGUUCCUACUGGAAGUCAUUUACUUGCAUUUGGUUAUGCCAAUCGCAGUAUUGCAUUAUUCUAUAGUAAUUAUAUGAGUGAUUGUCUUAUUGAUAUUGAACGAGCAAUACAACAUGGUUAUCCCGAUGAAUUCAAAGCAGAAUUGUACAUGUGGAAAGCAAGUGCCAUGAAAGAACUUAAAAUGGAAAAAAAAUUAAUCAAAAAUACUGUUGCAGAAGCUCAUGCUGCAUUACCACCUUUAAAGUCAAGAAAUCCAAUAGUACCUGGAUUAUCCAACUCAGUUGGAUUAAUAUGCUCAGAAAAAUAUGGAAGGCAUGUUGUUGCGACUCAAGAUAUUAAAGCUGGUAUUGGCAUUCAAAAGCCAUAUGCAAGUGUUGUCAAGAUGAAUGUGAGGUACAAUGUAUGCUGGCAUUGUAAAAAACAAGCACAAGAUAAUUAUCAUGAUAUUGAGUGUCGUGUUUUGAGCCAAAUAAUGGCUUUUGGUGUGCAUCCACUUACAAAGGGUUUUAUCAAAGGCAAACUUGAUCCAACAAAAUUUGAAAGUGUUUAUGGUUUGUGUGAUCAAUCAUCAUCAUCAACAGCAAAUCACCAAUGUAUUACAUAUGUUGAUGCUAUUAUAAUGUCAUAUUCUCUUGGUAAGAGAAUUAAAUUUUUUCAAGAAAAUGGUGCAAUUGCGUUAUUGGCUUUUAUGAAGAAUAAAAAAAAUUUAGACCUUAUUAUGCUUGCCAAAAAAUUUAUAAAUGUAACACUAUUUAGUGCAUAUCAGUAUCCACUAUUUUGUGGACAAUCAGGAAAAGAUGUAUUAAUGGCAACAUUAGUAAUACCAAGUUUGAGUUUUUUCAAUCACAGUUGUUGUCCAAAUGCAAUACGUACUCAUCGUAAUGGAGAUUUAGCUAUUAUAGCCAUACGUCCAAUUAAAGAAGGUGAACAAGUAUUUGCUAAUUAUGGUGCUUUAUGGUUUUGUCAAGUUAAAGAAAUACGUCAUAAUCAUUUAGAACGUUUACAAUUUACAUGUAAUUGUGAAGCUUGUGAGGGAAAUUGGUCAAUACCUGAAGACCUUGAUCCAGGAGCCAUAAUUGAGAAUAAAAGUUUUACUCAUGGUGGUCCAUGUAUGAAUAAAGAACUUUUAGGAAUAAUUACUAAAUAUGACAAAGUCUGUUUCACAGCUAUAGAUCAUGUUCUAAAAAAUAAUCGACCAUAUCCUGUUGCCGGGGUUGUUACUGAACGCUUCCCUGUUGGUCCGUAUGGUAAAUGA